ACUGGAGGCUGAGUCUAGGGGCAAGGCAAGGGCAUAUCCUAUGAAGAAACACUGGGGACAGAGGGGAGGAGUAAAAAAUACUGCUCUGUACAGUUUACAUACCAGCAUAGUGAAUGCGUGUGGAGCACAGUGCUUUAGUGUAGUUUUGAGGCUGCAGUUCAUGGGAUCAGUAAUUUGACUUUUACCUUCAUGUGCAGUUGAUCUCCCUGCAGAAGUGAGCUGGAAGAAACACACUGACACUUCUAACAUCCUUCUGGUUCCCCUUGACUGAACUUGGAACUGUCAUAUCCACAGUGUCAUUCUAACAGCAGGUGUCAACAUGCUGGAGCAGGUUCUGUCGUUCGGUCGCUCCCUGGUGCGCAGGAAAGUGGUUGACAUGAGUAGCCUGGAGGACUCCAAGCUCUGCCGCUGCCUGGGAACUGUCGACCUCAUCGCCCUGGGAGUGGGCAGCACUCUGGGCGCCGGCGUCUAUGUCUUGGCUGGAGAAGUCGCCAAAGGAAACUCAGGCCCCAGCAUUGUCAUCUCUUUCCUAAUUGCAGCCCUGGCGUCCGUCAUGGCCGGACUUUGUUACGCAGAGUUUGGCGCACGUGUCCCUAAGACUGGUUCCGCUUACCUUUACAGUUAUGUGACUGUAGGGGAGGUCUGGGCUUUCAUCACUGGUUGGAACCUAAUUCUUUCCUAUGUGAUUGGUACUUCCUCAGUCGCUCGGGCUUGGAGCGGCACAUUUGAUGAAAUGAUUGGAGGGCACAUAGAGGUAUUCUGUAAAACCUACUUCAGCAUGAACGCACCUGGUUUGGCUCAGUACCCCGACUUCUUUGCCGUGUGCCUGAUACUGCUGCUCUCUGGACUCCUAUCAUUUGGGGUGAAGGAGUCAGCGUGGGUCAAUAAAGUCUUCACUUCAGUCAACGUCCUUGUGCUCUUGUUCGUCAUCAUCUCCGGCUUCGUCAAAGGAGACACACACAACUGGAAGAUAACCGAAGAAUCCCUUGUAAAUGUCACAAUAGUUAGAAGGAACUUAUCAGUGACGGCCAACGUGAGCAGUGAUUAUGGAGCCGGAGGAUUUAUGCCUUACGGCUUCAGCGGGACGUUAGCUGGAGCCGCCACCUGCUUCUACGCUUUUGUGGGGUUUGACUGCAUUGCAACAACAGGUGAGGAGGUGAGGAACCCUCAGAAGGCCAUUCCCAUCGGCAUUGUGGUGUCAUUGACCGUGUGCUUCCUGGCGUACUUUGGCGUGUCAGCCGCGCUCACCCUGAUGAUGCCCUACUACCUGCUAGAUGAGAAGAGCCCGCUGCCCAUGGCCUUUGAAUAUGUGGGCUGGAGUCCUGCCAAAUAUGUAGUUGCGGUGGGUUCACUGUGCGCCCUCUCUACCAGCCUGUUGGGCUCCAUGUUCCCUCUGCCGCGCAUUCUCUUUGCCAUGGCACGAGAUGGCAUUCUGUUCAAAUUUAUGUCCAAAGUGAGUAAGCGCCAGUCGCCUGUGGCUGCCACCAUGGCGGCAGGUACCACUGCGGCCAUCAUGGCUUUCCUGUUUGACCUCAAAGCGCUGGUUGACAUGAUGUCCAUUGGAACUCUGCUGGCCUAUUCGCUGGUCGCUGUGUGUGUCCUGAUUCUCAGGUACCAGCCAGAUGGAGCUCUGGAACGGCGGGCAGGUACUGGUGAGAAGGACUACCUUUCCUCUGAGGAGGGCGAGUCUGAUCUGACAGAGUCUGAAUCCCACCUCAACAUGCUGAAAGGUGGAAACUCCACCCUGCAGACUGUCAUGCAUCCACCUGUCUCACCCUCCGAGUAUUCCUCCAGUGUGGUCAACAUGUUCAUCUGUGUGCUAGUGCUAGUGGUGUGCGUGGCCAGCUAUCUCACAACAUACCACAUCAGCUCCAUCAUUGGCCUGGAAGUGUGGAUCCUGGCAUCGCUGGCCUUGUGUCUGCUCCUCUUCAGCGGCUGCGUUUACAUGAUCUACAGGCAGCCGCAGACCAAAAAGAAGGUCUCCUUUAUGGUGCCCUUUCUGCCUUUUCUGCCAAUCCUGAGUAUAUUUGUCAAUAUUUACCUCAUGGUUCAGCUGAGCGGAGACACCUGGGUACGUUUCUCCGUGUGGAUGGCUGUAGGCUUCCUGAUCUACUUUGGCUACGGCAUGUGGCACAGUGUGGAGCGCCAGCGCCUACUCCAGGGUCCUCAGAACAGCAGCAGCAACAGCACCCAGGAACAGAAGACCAGCAGUGAGAAGCAAGACGCGACAGAAAAAGACCAGGAGAAAUUCAUCUGCCCGGAGAAAACCAGUCAGUGUUAAAGUUUUCCAGCUCAUUUACAGACUCUGUGAGGCAACCUGGUGACGUGGCGGUCUGCAUUAAAGCACACAGCAGCUAUGUCUCGAUGCACCUGUAUAUACAGCUCCACAUAUGUGCGCCUCAGUCACAAGCGCAUCCAAUCUGCAAUGUCAGUAUUCUGUAUCAGCGGUCACACGAUGAAUCACACUGUCUUCUAAUCUCUAUCACUGUGAUGGGACCACUUCCUGUAGGUCACAUUGUGCUUCAUGGACAACAUGAAGGCCCAAUUGAAAGGACAGGUAACAACACUGGAGAGUGAUGUUCAUUUCCUUAAACACUGAAGCAGUCGAUGCAAGGCUGCAACAAAGCUUUUCUGUCUCAUUAUGGACAUGUGUUUUAGGAGUUUAGUUUUUCUCUCUAAGCAGGUGUGUACAGGUGAAUUUUUAAAUGUACAGUCAGUAAAAUCUGUGCUAUCUGUUUAGGAUUUGAUACAUUAAUGAUGUGCUAGUUUAAAGAAUAUUAGUUUAUGGGAAAAGCACUUGUUUUUUUGAGAUGUAUGAAACUGAAAAAGGACCAACAUUAGGUUUAAAAUGUCUAAAUACAUUUUAGUUAAGUUUUGUGCAUAAUUGUUUCACAUGCAUACAUGUGUGAUAGCUGUGCAGGAAGAUCACAAAGACACCGCCACAUUUAGACUAUAGUUUGUCAAAUGUUUCAGAAGGCACUUACAUGUCAUGACUCGACUCAAUUUUUGUGUCAGAGACAUGAAAGUAGGGCAAGUGCCUGUGGAAAAUUUCCAGGCUUCUGUUAGUGUUACAUAACCAUUCAUUGUGGUCUCCACAGCUGUUAGUAAGGGUCUCAUUCAGCACAGGUUAGCUUUUUGUUAGUCUCCCUUGGAUGUGUUUUAUCUAUGAACUGUUACAAUCUGAAUAUGGAUGUUAUUGGAUAAAGAACUGUACUCAAGUAGUACUCAAGAGGCUCCAUUUUUAUGUUGGUCUGAAAUGUUGUGCUAUUUUGAUACAGACAUGUUGUGAAUAUAACUGUUAUGAAAUGAUUCUCUCUUAAGCAGAAUACUGUGCCACCUAACAAAAUGCACCAUAAUCAGUUUUGAAGUAUUUUAAAUGUCUAAUUGAGAUAAACUGAUAAUUUUCCAUGUCUUCUCUUGUGUCUACGUUCAGUACUUAAAAGUCAUCGUUGCUUCAUAAGGUUUGAAGAGACUUCACUGGGCUGGACUGCAUGAAGCUUACAUUCUCUCCUCUGGGCUUUUAGCGGUGUGUCUCUCUCUUGUGCUAUGAAUCGUGAGGCUCAGUGAGCUCUAGUUUACAGUAGAAACGUGUUUUUAUUUUCUGAUCUUUCACCUGUACUGUUGUGGUUUUAUACCAUCUGGUGUGGAGAAAUCUCUUUUUAUGAGUUUGGACACUGGGGUUGUAAGAAGUUGCUAAUUGAUCUAUCUAUGGACUGAUUAACUCCCUCCUAAGUGCAGUGGUGUAAAUACAUGUGGAACAAAUUGAGAAUAAUUGUCUCAGCAGACGUUCGGUAGAUUCAUAUUCCACUAGACUGAACCUCUAAAUCGACAGUGUAGAUUCUUCCAGUGAUGUUACAGGAUAAAGUACACACAAGUAAAGUAACCAUGAUGUAGUUUCACUUGUUACUGACUGCAAAGAUAAAUACAAUAAAUGUAUUUUCCAGUAACACAA